GCCCCGGACUCACCGCAACCACGAUUAAGUGAAUAAGUGAACAUGAACGAGUAAAAUAAGAGUUGUGCUCGUCCUUUAUCCAGGCUGCAGUUUGCAGAUCAGGACGCAGCCUCGUGACGCUUCUGUUCGCGCGCGGUGCGGUCACGUGACGCUCUGUUACUCCUCUGACUUUUAUAAACAAACGCGUUUUGGCUCAUAAAAUGUUUAAAAAGAUAAAAAGUAAGAGAUUAGAACAAUAUAAUUAAUGUUUCUCUUUACGCUUUUUAAAAAUGAAACAGUUCCUUGAGCGUUGGAUGAGGUGAAUGUCCCAAAAUGUCGAAUUAUAAACAUGAAGAAUGGUUCACCAGAAGUGCUAAGCUUGCUAUAGCACUAGCCAUUAUAAAACGCAAGCCGGCAGAUAAGACUGGACGAGAGCAUGCAGAAUAUCUAGCUGCUAAAGUCAAACAGCAGGAGGUGAACUGGAAAGUGAAAGCAGAAGGUCUGAGAGGUGAAGUGUUACAACUGAGACAAGAACUCCUCCUCACUAAAUUGCUAACAAAGCAGAGAAGUGGCACUGAGGCAGCACAGGGUGAAGAUGUAGUGAAGCUUCUCUCCCAGGAUCUCACAUAUGCACAGCUUUCACAGAAUGACUCAGGCUGUGGUACAAGCAGCAACACCCAGACUUUUUCCCAAACAGUAGAUCCAGUAGAUGCUGCGCUUCCGUCUGCCAGCCUGCCAUCAUCCGUUCAUCACUUUUACCUGCAAGGUGGCACUGAGGAAUGCAAUCUGUCCCAGCACAUGCAGUUUCUGCAAAACCUGUGUGCACUGCGCAGGACUGGUAAGAACAUGGAGAUGGAUGAAGGGGAUUCGGUGGUGCAGGACUCUGCUCUUCACAUGAUCAGAUCUAUAGUGGAGGCCUACCGUGUAUCUGGGAAAGAAAGCCUUGGAGAUGUUUUACAGCAAAACCUUCUAGUCCAGGCUUCAUGCCUGGCAGCACAGGCUUUGGAAACAGGAGGAGGCCAGCAGAAACCUUCAGUGCAGUAUACGGAGAGAGCAGAAGAGUUGCUUGAAGAGCUGCUCAGACUUCUGCUGAGCAACAGUCAGCUUAAUAAGUUUGCGAUGCAGGGAAGUCUGACAGAAUGUGUGAUCAGUCUGGGAGGCAGCAGUGUGCUUAAAUGUGUGCUAAUCAGACUCGUCCUGACCCACGUCAUCCAGCUUGCUGAACAUCUCUGGGCUGCCUGUCAGGAAUCACAUGAAGGAUCACAGCAGAAGCAGCAGGUAGAUUGGGUAAGGUAUGAGAACUCGUUUUACCUUUUUUGGAUCUUAGAGCAACUUUUGGAAGCCGGACAGGGUCGAGGAAGGACUGAGCACCAGCACCUUCAUGGCCAGUUGAUGAGACACGUCCUCUCGCUAUCAGAUGAAUUUCCUCUGUUUGCUCUCUACAUGUGGAGAAUCGGAGGGCUUCUUAGACUCAGUAACACUCUGGGGACCUGAGCUCAGAGCUUUAGUUAUUGGUGUAUUUUUUAUCCUGAGUCACAGCUUUUUACCCUGAAGGCUGAUUUUAUAUUCAGUUUGUGGGCUUAAAGGAGAUGGAGAGUACUUUUAUUUUGAUUGACAGUCUGUUUAAAGUAAAUGUUCAGGUGAAUAAAGUGAAUUAAAGUGUAUUAAAUUAAAUAAAGUGAAUUAAAACAG